AUGGACACUGCUGAGUACAUCCUGUGUAGGUGGAAAUGGAAUUUGUGGCCAGCAAAGGUCUUAUCUAGACCAGAAACUCCAGCAACAAAGGACGGGAGAAGGGCAUUACCCUUAGAAGUACAAAUCCUCUCUGUAAACCAAAGAGUGCAAGUGGAAAGCACUGAUGUAAUGGAACUCACUGAGGCUGGGAUUGAAGCCAUUGCCUUCUGUACUGGGGUGCGCUUAAGGAUCACUGACCCACCAGGAGACAUUCACUGGAAGGCCACUACGCCACCAGGUCAGGCAAGAUCAUACAGAAAAGCACUCCGACUAGCACUUGAGAUUCUCUCUUGCAGAAAACUAGCCGAGCAAAAGGCCACUGGAGAGUCUCCAAACACAGAACCAAAGGGAGCCAACUUACACCCUGCCCCUGGCCGUGGCCCUUGCCUUGGUAGGAAGCAUCAGAAACAGAAAGUACAGUAUGGGUCAAAGCUUAAAAAUCAAAGAUAUUUACAAUCCCAGCAGAGGUGGCAUUCAGGCAGUGAGCAUGUCCUGCAUGAUAAGACAUCCAAGGAACACACUGCUAUUACUGCUUCUCCAGAUGGAAUGCAAGGAGAUAGAUCAGAAUGCUCCAAUGUGGCCCCCAAACUACCAUCACCAAUAGGAGCUAUUAGGCAAAACGUGGAUGAGAAAAAUUUAAGAGCCUCAGCCCCCGUGUCUUCUAGUCCCACUGUGGUCUGGAAAGGUAAACACGCUAAAGCUGAAUUUCCAGGUCUAUUCAUACGACCAGCUGUCAUCCUCACCAGGCUCAAAGCUCUGAGCCACAAGACAAAGGACGCUAGCCAAGAGAUGGCAGCUUCUGAACCCCACAGGUUCACUGCCUUCCCAGAGGGCAUGGAAAAGCCUGGAGAGAGUGCAUUGAAUGCAGGCUUGGAAAGGGCAGGGGUAUCCUCUGCAUCCUCUAACUCUAGGUUACCUGAUCCUCUCCCUACCCCAAGCCAAAAAAGGAAGCGCCUAGAACCAGCUUUGAAGAGAAGGGCAAAGAAGCUUGAAUCUCCCAAGCACUCAUCUGAGACUAAGGCCAUGGAUACCAGGAAGAGUACUGGUAGAAGACGAGAAGGAAGAACCCAACGUUUGGCUCCUGAGGGACUGCCGCCUCCCAUUGAAAGGGGAGCAUUGGUCUGGUGUAAAGCCCAAGGCCAUCCGUUUUGGCCAUCUGUGGUGAAGAGUGUCAGCCAAACCACAAACACGGCCAGGGUGCUCUUGAUUGAGGCCAACAUGUGCACUGAACAAACUGGCAUUCCGGUCCAUCUUUGUAGUUUGAAGCCCCUGGACUGUGAAGAGAAAAACGAACUUGUGAGGAGAGCCAGCAAAGCCCACAGCCUUGGUGUAACCUGGUGCUUCUCCCUUAUUAGACACUACCGAGAAGAGGUCAGUUGGGGAUCUUUCAUGGGAUCCUUUUUAGAUUACUUUACAACCGAUGUCAGCUACCCAGUUCGAAAGGCUCUGGAAGAAACUGACCUGCACGUUGAUUUUCCAAGAGUGAACUAUGCCAACCUAGAUGAUUCUGAAGAGGAGACCAACCUGGAUGGGGGCAGGCCCCAUUGCACUAAAUGA